GGCUCGCCACCAUUGACAGUGAGGUGGGGGCUGAGUGCAUUGUUUGCAUUCGCCAGUAGCUUUUACCAGUAGUAAAGUUUUAAAUUGUUCGAAAUAAGUGGAUCUGCUUAACUGAAGCACCGAAAAUUCCUUAAACCUAUUUAUUAGACGUGAGUAGUUGAGCGUCUCAGUCACCUCCACCCGAGCAAUAAUCAAUAUGCAUUGAUAACGGCUUUAUUAUUGGCCGCAUAACCUACAACCAAAAUAACCUAAUCUAGCGAUAUGGAAUCCCGAACUGAAUAUAAACUUAAAACCCCACCGACAGAUGCGAUAUCAGCUGUAGAAUUUGGCCCAAAUUCGACACAAUUUUUACUUGUUUCAUCAUGGGACAGCACAGUCAGAUUAUACGACAUUCACGCCAAUACAAUGCGACUGAAAUACAAUCAUGAACUGCCAGUAUUAGAUGUAGCUUUUCAGGAUGCAGUCCACGCGUACAGUGGGGGAUUAGAUCAUACUCUAAAAAUGUAUGAUAUCAACAGUAAUACAGAAUCUGUAAUGGGUACCCAUGACAAACCAAUUAGAAAGAUUGAAUACUGUGCUGCUGUUAACGCAAUUUUAACUGGUGGAUGGGAUGCUGCUGUAAAACUUUGGGACCCAAGAACCCCAACUUGUGUAGGAAGCUAUCAGCAGCCUGAAACUGUGCUGGCUCUGUCUGUCUGUGGAGACAAGUUCGUCGUUGGCACAGCAAAGAGAAAAGUCUGUAUAUGGGAUUUGAGAAACAUGGCUGGGAUGUUUCAACGACGUGAAAGUAGUUUGAAAUAUCAAACUCGAUGUGUCAAAGGCUUCCCGAACGAACAGGGUUACGUCCUCAGCAGUAUUGAAGGAAGAGUUGCCGUUGAAUAUCUAGACACCACUGCUGAGGCACAGAAAAAGAAAUAUGCUUUCAAGUGUCACAGGAUAAAAGAGAACAAUGUUGAACAUAUUUAUCCUGUCAAUGCAAUCACCUUUCAUUCUACAUACAACACAUUUGCUACCGGUGGUUCGGACGGAUUCGUAAAUAUCUGGGAUGGAUUUAACAAAAAACGGCUGUGCCAAUUCCACAGAUACAACGCCGGUGUUGCUGCUCUUAGCUUUAGUCACGACGGUUGUGUGUUAGCGAUCGGUGUAUCAUACCUAAAUGAUGCUGAAAUACCACCAGGUGGUGUAAACGAAGAAAGCAUUUACAUUCGAUACGUGAACGACCAAGAAACUAAACCGAAGUAACGAAAGAAUGAGAUAUUUGUUUGAUAAGUAGCUGAAUUAUCGAAAUUCUGAUUGGAGAUCAGAUUUUGACAUCAACUAUUUCCUGAUAAGGUAAUAUUCUGGAAAUGUGACUAUCGUAUGACUGACCUGAGUAAAUGAUUUUUCAAUUUAGGAAUAAUUGGUGAAUGUACUAGUAAAAUUCGCGAAUUUUCUACUUGAUUCACAUUACAUGUCAAAUACAUAUAGAAAGCAUGCUAUUUAUACCUCACUAUUGAAAUCCUUAACUAUACAUUACGCAUAAUUCAGGAUUAAUAAACAAGUUUUAUCUUAAAAAUUGUACAAAAUAAAUUAUAAAAACCACUUUUGGAAGA